AUGACACACAACGGUGGUCGUCAUCUGCUUGAGGCGGUUACGCUAUGCGGGUCCAUUCUUACCCGCUAUAAGCGGAGCAACAUGAAGCUCGACGAAGCUGAGGUAAGGGCAUUAAAGGAGUUAUUCGAGAAGUAUCAAGAUAUCCUCGUGGAUGGAUCCCCUGGUUUGCCCACCCACGCUAGCGGGCCCAUGAUCCAGCCUCCCGUUACAAACAUGGUCGCCCCUUAUGAUUCCCCCACGGAUACUAUAGUGAAGUUCGUUGAAGGAACGAUAAACCUGCAGAGACCAAUUGUUGAGGUCCUUCACGUUAUGAACGAGCAUUUGUCCCUUGUCCUUCGCGCAAAGAACACUCAUGUCUUUUAUGUCGACCCCGUUAAUAACCUGUUAUACGACCCUAUUCACGGGGUGGCCGCUGCACUCGAUGAAUCGUCACCAAUAGGAAAGGCCAUAGUUUCGGGUGAGCGGCUUAACGUAGCGGGGACACUAUAUAUACCCAUCAUCUCCGAGGGGAUGCCGUUGGGUUGCGUACUGAGUCCUUGUGGAAGGGCAGAUUACCACGCCUCUACGAUGCUUGAGUCAUCACUCCGUGUUAUUUCCACAUCCCUCAAAAACAUCAUUCAGGCAGAGAAACUAAACUGGAACAAAGAAAAGGCGGAGGCUAUGCUCCGGAUGGCAACGCAGCUGGCCCGUGACAAUCUUGAAGAAACAGUACUCGCAUCUUCUAUCAUGAACACUGUCAAGAGUCUCACGGAAAGUGCGCGUUGCAGUCUCUUCCUUGUCAGGGGUGACGUUCUUGAAGCGCAUUUUGAGGAUGGUAACGUUGUUACAAUCCCUAGGGGUGCAGGUAUUGCCGGAUAUGUGGCGCAAACUGGUGAGACUGUUAAUAUUGUUGAUGCCUACGCCGAUGACCGCUUUAACCGUGAGGUUGACAAGGCUACUGGGUACCGUACAAAGACGAUACUCUGCAUGCCUGUGAUGUACGAAGGAACGAUUGUGGCUGUUGCCCAACUGAUUAAUAAAUUGGAUCUGACAACUGAGAGUGGAUUGCGCCUACCUCGUGUGUUCGGAAGGCGUGAUGAGGAGCUGUUCCAAACCUUCUCUAUGUUUGCUGGCGCCUCACUACGUAACUGUCGUAUCAACGACCGACUCUUAAAGGAGAAGAAAAAGAGUGACGUGAUUCUCGAUGUUGUUACUGUUCUCUCGAACACGGAUAUCCGCGAUGUGGAUGGUAUUGUUCGCCACGCACUGCACGGAGCAAAGAAACUACUGAACGCGGAUCGCUCUACUUUGUUUUUGGUGGACAAGGAACGGAACGAACUUUGCAGUCGUAUGGCAGAUAGCGUUGCUGGUAAGGAGAUUCGUUUUCCGUGUGGCCAAGGUAUUGCGGGCACUGUGGCGGCAUCUGGAGUUGGUGAGAAUAUUCAGGACGCGUACCAGGAUCCGCGUUUCAACCGUGAGGUUGACAAACAACUUGGAUACCGCACGCAGGCCAUAUUGUGCGAGCCCAUCAUACUAAAUGGUGAGAUCCUUGCUGUCGUGCAGCUCGUGAACAAGCUUGAUUCAUCUGGAGAAGUGACUGUGUUUACCGAGGAUGAUCGUGACACCUUCCGUGUGUUUUCCUUAUUUGCAGGUAUAUCCAUCAACAACUCUCACCUGCUUGAGUUCGCUGUGAAGGCGGGUCGUGAGGUGAUGGAAUUAAAUGAACACCGAGCAACAUUGUUUAAUAAGAACGUUCCCUCACGUGGAGUUAAACGAGUCACUGCCAUCACAAAUAGAGAAAGGGAGGCUGUGCUACGUAUUGAGUUCCCCAACGUGGACGUUACGGAUAUUGACUUCGACUUGUUCCAGGCACGUGAAAGUACAGAUAAACCGUUGGAUGUUGCUGCUGCUAUUGCAUACAGACUACUGCUUGGAAGCGGCCUUCCACAAAAGUUUGGUUGCUCUGACGAGGUGCUUCUUAACUUCAUUCUGCAAUGCCGUAAGAAAUACCGUAAUGUCCCUUAUCACAACUUUUACCAUGUUGUGGAUGUAUGCCAAACCAUUUACACAUUCUUGUACAGGGGAAAUGUGUAUGAGAAGUUAACCGAGCUUGAGUGCUUUGUGCUGCUUAUCACCGCACUGGUGCAUGAUCUUGAUCAUAUGGGGCUGAACAACAGUUUCUACCUGAAAACAGAAUCUCCACUUGGUAUUCUUUCCAGCGCAAGUGGUAACAAGUCUGUUCUUGAGGUGCAUCACUGCAACCUUGCUGUUGAGAUCCUCUCUGAUCCGGAAUCUGAUGUGUUUGGUGGUCUGGAGGGUGCAGAGCGUACUCUUGCGUUCCGAUCGAUGAUUGAUUGUGUACUUGCGACAGAUAUGGCGAGACAUAGUGAAUUUCUUGAGAAGUACCUAGAGCUUAUGAAAACAUCUUACAACGUUGAUGAUUCCGAUCAUCGGCAAAUGACAAUGGAUGUGCUUAUGAAAGCUGGAGAUAUCUCUAACGUAACGAAACCGUUCGACAUUUCCCGUCAGUGGGCAAUGGCUGUGACGGAGGAGUUCUACCGUCAAGGAGACAUGGAAAAGGAGAGGGGUGUGGAAGUAUUGCCCAUGUUUGACCGAUCUAAGAAUAUGGAGCUUGCAAAAGGUCAAAUUGGAUUCAUUGACUUUGUCGCAGCCCCAUUUUUCCAGAAGAUAGUUGAUGCCUGCCUGCAAGGGAUGCAAUGGACAGUCGACCGUACAAAGUCGAACCGCGCACAGUGGGAGCGAGUUCUGGAAGCAAGGAGUACAGGGGCUUCGUCUUAG